AUGGCUCUUAUUCGAAGCUAUUUCCACACCUACAAUCGAAUCGUCCCGCUCUUCGACGAAGAUGACUUCAUGCAUCGAUUUGCCGAACUAGACAUGGAUCAGAUCCGGGCCGAUGCAGCAUUCUGGACUGCCACAAACGUCAUGUGUGCCAUUGCUCUCCGCCAGCAAAAUCUGUCGUAUUUUGCCGACUCUCCCAACAACCCGGACCGUGAAGCAUGGGAAUACCUCGAUACCGCAUUAGACAAGGCGGUGGAACUCACAAUCCGUGGUAGCAAUGACCUCCUCGCCAUUCAGGCACUGGUGGGAAUGGCCAUUUUCCUACAAACCGCGCCGGACGCACAUGCUGCAUCGACACUCCUUGCUGCUGCAAAUCGGCUGCUCCUUCAAAAUGGUCUCCAUAUUCAGAAAGAUGAACAGCUUUUGGGGCAAUCCGGAUCUGAAGCUUUCCGUCUCAUGGUACAGCGAAAUCGUGUCUUCUGGAUAGCUUUCAAUCUGGACCAUGAUCUUGCCACCCGGCUUGAAAGGCCACCGCUAAUACACGAAGAUGAUAUCGGUGCUGAUCUUCCUCUACUAUAUCCCGAAGAUGAACUGGGCUGUAUAUCAUCUGUUGAUAAUUCUACAAAGAUCAACUACCUGCGGGCACGAUCUCACCUUGCUCUUAUCGAAAAUCGUAUUCACCGACGACUCAUGUCUGCCAGAGCAAAACGUCAAACAGCCCUCGAACGAGGGGCUGCAAUUAAUGAACUAGAAGCGGAGCUUAGCAUUUGGAAAGCCUCAUAUCUAGAUCUAAGUGCUACUCUCGAUUAUCUUGCUACACAUCGCGCACUGUGGACGUAUAUGGAGAUAAUGGACCUCCUAAUUGCUGUGUUUCGGUGGCGAGAGCGUCUUUAA